GCUCGUGUUGCGUUAGGGUGCUUGCUUGAUGGUGGAGAUGCGGCUCAAUGCUUCGACACCAGCACACAUAUGCAUAUAUACCUAAGGCAGUCAUCCGUACUGUGCUGUGUGGUUUGUGCGCGUGUGUGCCCCUGAACAGCCCCACCGCUUUCUGCCCGUUGCACAUGGUGGCGUGAUCGCACGACAUUCACCCACGGACAAACAUAUUCAGUCCAAGCAGCCCGCUCGAACAAAAGGCGAGGCCCAUCUAACCCUACCCUACCUCAUCACCACCAUGGACGCAGCUGGCAGCACCAUGGCGGCAGGGGAUGCAGCAGCUGCUGCUGUUGCUGCGGCGGCGGCGGCCACGCUCCCCGCCUCUUCCACCCUGUCGCCGCUCCUCGCACGUUCCACCCCACCAAUCCUCCAGCAGGCGGCCCGGCUCGCAUCGACGUCGCGCAACCCGCUCGCUCUGCUCCUCGACGCCGUGCUCGCCGUGCUGAUCGCGCUGUUCAACAUCGCCACCGUCCUCAUCGCCUUCAGCACGCUGACCCUGCCCUCGCUCGUCUACCGUAUCCUCCACUACAGCUUCACCCUCCGGCUCACCUUCCCCUCCCUCGCACUCCUCUUCUCCGGCGCCGUAGCCGCUGCCUUUGUCUGGCUCCGUUACCGCCACCUCAACCGCUACGAGCGCCUGCGCGAGCUCCCCAUCGAGAAGGAUGAGGGCUUCAACCUUCACCCGGACGUAAACGUCCCCUUCUUCUUCGACGACCACGACGCCGCCGCCGCCUACGACUACGACGACGACGACUACGACUACGCCUCCGGGAGGCGCCGCCGCGGCCGCGCGGCUGCAGGUGGCAUCGGCGUCAGCGGCAGCCGAGGUGGCGGCGGGCGCCCAGGCCAGGGCGCCUCCAGUGGACGCGGAGGGAUCUUUCACAACUAUCUCGACGACUUUCUGCAGGCAAUCCGCAUCUUUGGCUUCCUCGAGAAGCCCGUCUUUCACGAGCUCGCACGCCACCUGCAAACAAGGCGCCUCGUUGCGGGCGAUAGUCUCGCGCUUGACUCGGACUUUAGCUUCUACAUUGUCAUCGACGGUAACGUGCAGGUCUACGCGCCACUUCUCGGCGCAGGCGCUCGCGCCGGUGCACGCUUCGGCGGCUUCUCCGGCCUUGAGGAAGAAGAGGAGGAGGAAGAGGAGGACCAGCUGUCUGCCGCAGGCUACCAGCUGCUGCACGAGGUCCAAAGCGGCGGCACCCUCUCCUCGCUCUUCACCAUCCUCUCGCUCUUCACAGAAGACGUCAAGCUCGGCUUCUGGAACGAGGCACAGGGCACGCACUCCCACUCGCAUUCCCAGUCUGGUCAUGGGCACACGUCCAACAACGCGAGCGCGAGCGCAGCGGCGGCGGCCCAGAGCAGCGCGACGAACCUCGCGACAGGGCCAGCAGGCGUAGGCGCGAAUGGCAUCACACGUCCCCAACCGCAGCUUGCGACACCCCCGUUGCCGUUGUACCCGCAGCAGCAAGAGGUGGACUCCGGGUCACCGCAGCGACGCUGGCACCUGUCGGCGGACGAUGCGCUCGGCGACGGCGCCUCGUCUCAUUCGACAGAAGCGACGCUUUCUGCGCCUGCACAGCCCGUGUCCGCAUUCGGCCAGAUGCUCGCUUCUUCUGCUCGCAAUGCACCCCCCCCUGGCACUGCUGCAGGAGCGUCACCAUCCACGCCCAAUGGUACACCCAGCACGGGCACACGCAGCCACAUCGUUCUACUCCAGCCGCCGACGCUCGGGGCCGAAGAUGCAGAGGCGCUCGUGAUGCCGCCUGCCGAGGCCUGCGCGCCGUUCUCCCACUAUCUGCGCCAGCAGGCGGCCGCCGAGCAACAGCAGCAGCGCACCAAGGCCAGCUCAACGCCGAGAACGCCGUCGUCGCCUGACGGUAGCGGCGUGCCAUCGCCGGCGCAUGGGCACAGGUCGCGAGGGAGCGCCGGGAACAUACAUCGGCUUGGCGCUGCUGCUGUCGGGCCGGCGCACUUGCUGAAUGGCAACGCCGUCGAUGGCAGGCAGAGGCGAUACUCGGCAGGCGCCAACACCAUGCUGGGCUCGUCUUCGCCGCCCAUUUCCCAGCACAACAACAACCAUCAGCACCACCAGCAUUUGCCCAUGUUCGCCGCCGGCCCGACAAUGAUGAUGCGCGAGCGUGACGAGCAUGUCCACCCCCACGCCGCACACGGCCCCGGCACCGUCGCGCGAGCUACAGUUGACACGACGCUCGCCGUCAUCCCCGCUGAGGCGUUCAAGAGGCUCACGAACAAGUUUCCGAACGCCUCGGCGCACAUUGUGCAAGUCAUCCUCACGCGCCUGUCGCGUGUGACGCUGCAUACGGCGCACAAGUACCUCGGCUUGACGAAGGAGGUGAUGCGUACGGAAAAGACGAUCAACCAGAUAGCGUGCGCGCCACUCCCGCCUUCAUUUUACCAGUCAGAUGGCAUGGACAAGCUACGCCAGCGCUUCAUCAAGGUCUCCCCGGCCGCCCCGCCAGCUGCCGGUGCGAGCAACGGCCUGGGCUAUCGUUCCGCAGCAGCUCCGGCGUCACAGCCGCUGAGAGAGCAAGCGUACGACACCAGCGACGAUGGUUACUUCCGCCAGCGCGGCGUAUCCGGGGCUAGCGGAAGGGGUAUGUCCAUGGGCAUAGGCGGCUCGAGCAACCACACGACGUCCGUCGUCAAUUUGACUGAGUCGCCCACCGCUGACGAGGCUAGCAUGGAGACGGAACGCCCCGCUGGCGGUGGAGGUGGCGGCAGUGGUGUUAGUAAGCGUCGUCAGCCGUCCGGGCCCGGUCUGGCCCCUGUCGCGCGGCCCAAGACGCCCUGGGGCCAUCCAGACCCGCCCGUGCGCACGCCGGCGGCGCGCACGACCGUCGGACCCGGUGACCUCAUCAGCACGAGCGGCCUGGAUGACCGCGGAGCGUGGGCUGCGCAGAACGUGCAGAUGACGCUCAACACACCGCGCCCGUUCAAGAGCAUGCUGUUCUCCAGCAGCGGCGCUGGCGAAGGCAACGGAAAUGGCAGGUUUGCGCCACCGCAACCGAUGUCGACGAUCGAUGACAGAAAAUCUGCCCCGCGCGACUUUUCGAGCAGCAGCAAGCACUCGCGCGCGCGGGCCGGAUCGAUCAUUGCAGCCGAGCGCUGCCGGAGUGUUGCGGAUGACGAGGAGAUUGGCUGGGCGAGCGUCGGACUGGCCAACUUUGAUCUGAAAGACGCCGUCAUGAGCUGCAUCGCCAAUUGCAUCGGGCUCGUCCCGGCGCCUGCUAGUCCGAUCGCGUCGGUGCAAGCGAGCCCGUUCAUAAGCGCGCAGGAUGCGCUGCUGCAGCGCAGCGUCUUCAACUCUGCCUUUGGCUCGCUCACCAUGCUUGACGCCGCGGCGGGUAUGGCGGACGCUGAGAGCAGCGUCACAGGCGGCAGCAACAGUCAUGCCGGCGCCUUCCCCGCCGAGCUGGAGAACGACGUGCAGAUUCGUUUCUUUGAAGCGGAGAGCGUCAUCAUCCGCGCUGGAGAGAUGCAGGCCGGGCUCUACUACGUCAUCGAUGGCUUCCUCGACGUCUCUCUCCCGCGUGCGAAGCAGAAGGACGACCGAGCGCCCCCGAAUGGGCAGCAAACAUCUGGGCAACAUUCUGGCAGGGGCGCGCCGGGCCUGCACGAAAAGAAACGGCAUGCAAAGGACGCCAAGCCCAUCUACACAGUCGGACGCGGUGGUGUCGCGGGCUACCUCUCCACGCUGCUCGGCACGUCCAGCUACGUGGACGUGACGGCGCGCACGGACUGCUACGUCGGGUUCCUGCCAGCUCAGUCGCUCCAGAAAAUGAUGGAGCGCCGGCCGGUCGUCCUGCUGACCCUUUGCAAGCGACUCUUGAGCCUGCUCUCCCCGCUGCUCCUACAUAUUGAUUCGGCGCUUGAUUGGCAACAGGUUGCUGCGGGUCAGGUCAUCUAUCGCCAGGGAGACGAAGCGGACAGCUUUUACAUUGUCAUCAACGGGCGGCUGAGGGCCAUCUCUGAAAAAGCGGAAGGCGGGGCUGGAAUUGCGGGGAAUACCGAGUUUGGCCAAGGGGACAGUGUUGGCGAGCUCGAUGUUGUCACUAACUCGCUGAGGAGCGUGACCCUGCAUGCCAUCCGAGACUCGGAGCUGGCCAAGAUGCCGAUGAGCCUCUUCAACGCGAUCUCUGUGCGUCACCCUGCGGUCACGAUCCAGAUGUCCAGGAUCAUCGCCGGCCGCGUCCGAGCCGAAGUAGCCAACAAGCACACCACUGCGUCCCAUGGUCCAAUGCCAGGCGUGCCGGAUCUCGGCAAGAAUAACGCCAACCUCAAGACCGUCGCCAUCCUUCCUGUCACGCGCGACGUGCCGAUCACUGCCUUUGCGAGUCGACUGCACAGCGCCUUCGAGGACACGAUCGGGCAGCCGGCUGCCUACCUCAACCAGCAACGGGUCAUGGGCGUGCUCGGUCGGCACGCGUUCAAUCGUAUGGGAAAGCUCAAGCUCACUGGCUGGCUUGCGGACCAAGAGGAAAAGUAUCGGCUUGUCAUGUAUGUCGUCGACACUGCCGUCAGCUCUCCGUGGGCUCAAACGAGUAUCCGACAGGCAGACUGCAUUCUCUUGGUCGGCUUUGGUGAUGAUCCGAGCGUAGGGGAGUACGAGCGACUUCUCCUGGGAAUUAAGACGACUGCGAGAAAAGAACUCGUCCUACUUCAUCCAGAGCGCGCAGUUCCACCAGGCUCGACACGCGCAUGGCUCCAGAGCCGUCCUUGGGUUCACGCGCAUCACCACGUAGAGCUGCCGGGCAUUCCGUCGAUGCAGCCGAUCAGCACAAUUGGCCUCGCAGACCAAAAGGCGGUGAAGGCUUUGAUGGAUUUGCGAAAGCGCAUCGGAUCGCGGAUCCAGCAGUACCGCGAGAAGCGAGACAUUGCUGCCCCUGCGCGUUCCCAUCACUUUUCGGACUUUUCUCGCCUUGCUCGGCGUCUUUGUGGCAAGAGCAUCGGUCUCAUCCUUGGCGGAGGCGGCGCGCGCGGAUGCGCUCAUCUUGGCGUGCUUCGCGCAUUGGAGGAAAGGAACAUUCCGAUCGACAUCAUUGGAGGCACAUCGAUCGGCAGCUUUGUCGGCGGCUUGUAUGCUCGUGAAGCGGGUCUCGUGCCAAGUUUGGGUAGGGUGAAGAAAUUCAGCGGUCGCAUGGCCAGUCUCUGGCGCUUUGCCAUCGACUUGACGUAUCCGUACGUUAGCUACACAACCGGACAUGAGUUUAAUAGGGGUAUUUUCAAGGCUUUCGCUGAUACCCACAUUGAAGAUAUGUGGCUGCCUUUCUUCUGCAACACGACCAACAUCACAUGGAGCAAGAUGGAGAUCCAUACGACAGGCUAUGCCUGGCGCUACAUCCGAGGCAGCAUGACUCUUGCCGGCCUGAUUCCGCCCCUCAUCGACUCGGGCGACAUGCUGGUCGAUGGUGGCUACAUGGACAAUCUUCCUGUUUCCGUCAUGUUUUCCAUGGGUGCGGCCUCGGUCUUCGCUGUUGAUGUCGGGAGCGUAGACGAUACAUCGCCUCGGAAUUACGGGGACGCUCUCUCCGGCUGGUGGGUCGUCCUCAACCGGUGGAACCCAUGGAGUGACGCCAUCAAAAUUCCAUCCAUUCCAGAGAUUCAGGGGCGUUUGACUUAUGUCUCGUCUGUGAAGACUCUUGAGGAAGCUAAAGCUAUGCCUGGGUGCUUCUAUCUCCGGAUGCCAGUUGAAAAAUUCGGCACGCUCGAAUUUGGCAAGUUCAACGAGAUCAUGGCCAUAGGAUACGAUACCGCGCGUCAGAAACUCGCCGAAUGGGACGCAGCGGGUGUUCUGCCGUCUGGUGAGGCGGUCGUCUCGUCUGACGAGAUAGAGUGGCAAUCCAAGCGCAAGGCUGGAAUCAGCGCUAGGAGAAACAGCGUUUAAUGCAGGUCGCAAAACUCAUCAAGCAAAACGCAUAGAAUCUUCAAAGGGCAUUGUAGCAUAUUGUCGCUCAUCCAUGCAUAAUUGAAUACAGUUUGCGG